AUUUAUUGCGCUUCUUUGAAUCUAGUAAAUAAAUUCAAAUAAUUCGCAGGCUUCAACUAGAAUGAGUAGUUAAGAAUAAAAUAACAAUGCUAAUAAUGAAAAUGAAAUCGCAUAAGAUUGCAACUUAGCUACAAGUAAGAAGGCUCUUAAGAAGAAGAAACUAGACGAUAAGUAGGAACCAAAAAAGCCCAUUGAUGGAAAAGUAUAAUUUGGUGAUAAAUCUAUAUGUCGACUCUGUAAAGUGUCAACUAUGUCUACUGUUAUAAUUAUUUGCAUUAGAUGUCAUUUCAAAUACCAUUAAGAAUGUAUACGCAAAUAAAACAAAGAACCUUAAAUUUAGGAUGGUAUAAAAUGGCAUUGUUUGUCUUGCAUUGAUAGAAUUGCCAAGAGAAAAUUCAAAGAAUCGAAACCCUAAAAAAAGAGGCACUAAAAUUAAAUACAAGAUUUCUUUUAAAAAACAGUUCAACCAUAAGAAGAUAAAAUCAAAAAGCUUAAUGAAUUUUAGAUGCUUUAUCCUACAUAUGUACAAUAAGGUAGAGUUUCUUUUCCUAUUUUGGAUGAAUAUCUGACAGCUUACUAAGGAUUGUUUAAUAUUGAGCCCAAAAAGAAACCCGCCCUUAAGAUUGAUUCAUCUAUUCCUUAAGAAAUUUUUGAAGAUAUUCUCAAAAUAUGGGAUGCUUACAAUAAUAUGAAUAAAAUUGUAAGUGAUAUCCUACAAGAACAAUAAAUAGAAUGUAUAUUCUUUACUUUUAUUUUAUUUAGCUUAGUAAUAGUCAAAUAAUAUAGGAACUUUAAUUCAUUUCCAAGACAAUCAUAUAUUAUAUAAUCAAAAAUCAAGAUUACAGAUAUAUAUUACUUUAUAACAUAAUCCUGAAGAGCUAAUCUUAUUUUUUUGUUAUUUCUAUUUAAAAUAACUUAUUGAAGAUUUAGAUAUUGAGUAAAUGCAAAAAUAAUAAUAUGUAUUUUAUUAAUUUAAUUAAGAAAAUACCUUACUGGUAACUAAUGGGAUAUUUUUGGUAUACAAAUAGACAGAGGUACUAUGAUUUAAUAAGAGAUGAUGUUAAAUCACUACCAACAAAUAUUUAUAAAUAAGGAAUUCUUAAUCUUCCAGAUGAUUUAAUUGAUUUUAUCGAUUAUUCAGAUGUAAAAAAAUUGACAAAGCUUCUUAUAGCAUUGUCUGAUGGAAUAGAAACUUUAAAAAGAACUCAAUUUCUUUAUUAAUAUAGAACUGAAAAUAUACUUUCAAAUAAUAGAAUGAAAACAUAAUUGGGAAUGAAAAUUAAAGAGUAAAGAAGUAAAUAAAUGGAAAUAAAUAAAGAAAUAAUUGAAUCAGAUGGAAAUUAUCAAAUGGCAAAAGUAAGCUAUUUAAAUAUAUUUUUUAGUCUAAAUUAUUAGAAGAAGGUUUAAGCAGAGUAGAAACAUUGAAAUUUUAAAAAGAAAUGGAUAUGACAUAAAAGUAAUCUUAAAAAUUAAAAUAAUAAUUGUAUAAAUUAGAAAAAGAAAUAAAUGUAUUAACUGAGAGAUAUGAUUAAUAAGAAAAAGUAUUGAUAUUUUAUUUAUAUAAGGAAUUAACUAUCAUGUAAAUUACAUCAUUAGUGCUAAAUCCCUCAGUAUUUUUGGGAUAUGAUAAUAAGGGUAGUCAAUAUUAUUUUUUUCUUUGGGAAUCAGAUAAGAUUUUUAUUUGUAUGAAACAUUCAAUUAUAGAAAGUGAUGUUUCUUCAUGGGGUUAUUAUGAUCUGAAUGAUAUAAAUAUAUUAAUGGAAAUACUUUGUUAAAAGGGGGUUAGAGAAAAUUAAUUAAGGAACAAUAUUUUAGAAUUACAAAGAGCCUAAUUACUAAUUGUGAAUAAGGAAAAAGAGUAAGAAGAAUAAAAGGAAGAAAGAGUUAGAAAGUCAGAAAAUAAUAGUGAAAUAGAUGAUGAACAAAAUCAAAAUAAUAUGAUUAAAGAUUAGAAAAUCAAUAGUUUAAAAAAUUUAGACAUUGAUAUGUUAAUAUAAGAGUUUUUAAAUAUUGAAAGUAUGUUAACUGAAUAUUUGAAUUAAAAGAAUUCAAGAUGGUGCAACAGUGAAAUUAGAAAUACAUUUUUAUAGAGUUUUUAGAAUGUUAUUUAAAGAAAACCAGACAAAAAUUAUGAUGAAUCAGAUUUAGCUCCUUUUUGUAAAGCGAUUGAAUUUUUUGUAGAAAACACAUUGAUGUAAGAAAAAUUAGAGUUAAGACCAGAAGAAGAAAUUUAAGGAGAUGAGAAAAUUUAAUAAUUUAAUAAUGAUGAUGAGUCAUAUUAUAAUUAAACUAGAAAAAGAAAAGUAAUUGAAGAUGAUUCAUCAGUUGAAUAAUUAUUAUAAACUGCAAUUUAACAGUUAGAACAAUUAGAUAUUGGAAAAGUGAGAAUUAGAAAAUUACCUAUGAAAUUGUUUGGCACAUAUUAUGAAAGUGUGAGAUUAAAUUUGAUAGAAUAGUUAAGAUAAGAUUGUAAUUUAGUGAAAUUGAAAAUAUGUUUAGAAGUUCUUGGUUAAAUAGUUAAAGACUAUAUAAAUAGAAAAAUAACACAAUAAAUAGUGACACAUAUACCUAAAAAAAUAGAAGAAGCGCAUAUGAAUAAUAAAUUUGUAGAACCUAUUUUUGAAUAAGAAAUUAAAGGUUAAAACCUUAGAUAGAGGAUGAAACCAUAAUUAUAACCAAUUAACUAUGAAAAUAAAUGGGAAGACAAAUGUUAAAAAUGUGGAUAAGGUGGUAAAGUUAUUUGUUGUGAUACUUGUCCUAAAGUAUUUCAUACUAAGUGUUUAGGACUUAAAGAGGUACCAAAAGGAAAGUGGAAUUGUUUAGUUUGUUUAAGUAAUUUUGAAAGAUAAGUCAAAACUAGGGCAACUAUAAAAAAAUUAGAAAAUCAAUGAAC